CAACGCUAACCCUGUGCAGAGCUGCCGUUGCUAGCGGUUAGCGGGGUUAGCUAACUUAUGGCUGGCUGAGCUGCCUCAGACCAACAAAGUUGUUGGAUGUUCCUGGAGAGUGGCUCCCUGGCUGCUCUUUGUUCUGCAUGGUGAUGGUGGGGUAGCUUAGCAUGGCGUUAAGAGCCACCGAGUCUGCUCCAGACGACAGGCUUUAAAAUACGGACAGAUUUACAGUUGGGAUAUUGUAACAUUUGUGAAUAUCACAUGCGUUAAUAGACUCUUCCAAAAGCACAGCGUCAAUAGCACAACAUUGCACGAUUUGGAUAUGCAACCAACUAGAAACCAGUUGCACAGACUUGCAAGUUAUUUGUGUCUUUUCCUUAAAAUUGUUUUAUAAGUAGAGGAUUAUUUACACAAAGAGAAAAGCAAGAAGAAUGGUGUCGCACAGCGCUGGCACCUGGUGAGAUAGACAAUUACAUGGAUUAACUACAUAAUUUAAAUGGACAGACAGCCAUUCUCCUUCAUGUCAACAUUUCUGCCUAAUGUUCCUAUUGGUGCUGGUGGUGUCGGUGGACAUGGGUGAUCAAGGGUGAUCAAGCUGAACGUUGCUGUUGGGUUCACUGGAGAUAUUGUGAUAUAUUGUCCAAAACCUGAUCAAGCAAACUACUUUUACAGACGUGUGUCCUAUCACUGAGGCCACAUGUGUAUCAGGAGAGAUGGAUCGUUGUAAGCACGUGGGACGCCUUCGUCUGGGCCACGACCAUUCCAUCCUCAAUCCGCAGAAAUGGCACUGUGUGGACUGCAGCACCACCGAUUCAGUGUGGGCCUGCCUCAAGUGCUCCCACGUGUCCUGUGGACGUUUCAUGGAGGAGCACUCGCUCAAACACUUUCAGGAGUCACACCACCCACUGGCUAUGGAGGUGCGUGAGCUGGAUGUGUUCUGUUUUGCCUGUGGAGACUAUGUACUCAAUGAUAACGCAGAGGGAGACCUCAAACUCCUUAGAGGGGCACUCUCGACUGUCCGAAGCCCAGGUAGACGCUCCCUACGCUCACUGCGCUCACUGCGCUCACUGCGCUCCUCAACUGGGGGAGAGUGUACCCCCUGGGUUGGGGAAAGUGGGCCAAAGCCCGCCAUGCAGCUGGCCUCGCGUCACAGGAGGAAAGCACUUCUAGGGAAGAUGCUUCGGAUGUGGAUCGGUAAACAUCAGGAGGUGCAGAAUCAGCGGAAAGAGAAACUCGAGGAAGCUAGAAGACAAAAAAAAGAGGUAAAAAGGAGACUCAUGGAAGAGAUUGGCAAUGUCCCUCCAAGAAAGAGUGCUAGGCUUCUUACUCAGGCGCCACGUUCAGCCAUCGCACUCAUUCCUCGCAAAUUUCGCGACCCUCCAGAACGCCUACCUCCUCCUUCCAAGAAGCCUUCCCUUCUCACCCUGUCCCGUAAGGCUCCUCAGAAUGGCAGAGCUGCUAAACUGAGGAGGUACUACUCCACACACGCGGUAACCCGACGGAGACUCGCUCCAGGGGUCACUGGUCUGCGCAAUUUGGGGAACACAUGCUACAUGAACUCAAUAUUGCAAGUGCUGAGCCACCUGCAGAAAUUCAGGGAGUGUUUUCUCACUUUGGACCUGUGUGAGACCGAGGAGCUGCUGGCCAAGACCAAUCAGUCCCAGGGGAUGAAGGAUGUGACAGGAGGUGUAGUCAGCAGUGGUAACACAGCACUGUCAGGAUGCCCUCUUGGACGCGUGGAGAAGGCGGGCAGUUGGAAUUUGCAUGUGGGCCAAAAAGAAAGUCCCCCGCCUACCCCGCAGGCUUCGGAGUUGGUCCAGCCCAAGGAGCCUCGCUGCUCCACCCGCCAGCAGAUGUCUCUGUGCCAUGAGUUACAUACACUUUUCAGGGUCAUGUGGUCAGGCCGGUGGUCUUUAGUGUCUCCAUUCGCCAUGCUGCACUCUGUGUGGAACCUCAUCCCAGCUUUCCGUGGGUACGACCAGCAGGACGCCCAGGAGUUCUUGUGCGAGCUGCUGGACAAGGUGCAGCAGGAGCUGGACACAGAGGGGUCCAAACGCAGGAUCGUUAUCCCCAUCACAAAGAGGAAACUAUCCAAGCAAGUGCUAAAGGUUCUCAACACCAUCUUUCAUGGGCAGCUACUCAGCCAGGUGACGUGUCUGUCCUGUAAGCACAAGUCGAACACAGUUGAGCCGUUCUGGGAUUUGUCUUUGGAGUUUCCAGAGCGAUACCACAGCAUAGACAAAGGCUCAGGCUCUACAGCUUACCAGCGCAGCUGCACCCUCACUGAGAUGCUGUCCAAGUUUACCGAAAUGGAGGCCCUCGAAGGCAGCAUCUAUGCCUGCAACCACUGCAACAAAAGAAGACGGAAAUCAUCCCACAAACCCAUAGUUCUGUCAGAGGCACGUAAGCAGCUUCUCAUCUACCGUUUACCUCAGGUUCUACGGCUGCACCUCAAACGCUUCAGAUGGUCGGGGCGGAACCAUAGGGAGAAAAUCGGCGUCCAUGUGGCCUUUGACCAGGUUCUGAACAUCAAGCCGUACUGCUGCACAGGCUCAGGUCACUCUGUCCACAAAGGAGGCUACACCUACGAUCUGUCUGCUGUUGUUAUGCAUCAUGGUAAAGGCUUUGGCUCAGGGCACUACACCGCAUACUGCUACAAUACAGAAGGAGGUUUCUGGGUCCACUGUAAUGACUCUGAGAUGAAGGUUUGCAGUGUGGAGGAAGUGUGCAACACUCAGGCCUAUAUUCUCUUCUAUACCCAGAGGUCUGCCUAGGUACCUCUCGCUGUGACGUCGACCUGCACGUGACAACUUAAGGCUGCAUUUAUGAAAACGUUCUGUGAGGUUUUCCCAGACGCCAUUUAACAAUCACUUUGAAAUGACUUACUGAAAGAAAAAGAUAGCAACGGGGUCAGUAGGACAGCCACAAGCGUGAGUCAAGGUGAAACGUUUAGCCGCAUAAGCCAGAUGAGAAAGAUGAGAAAUGCUACACACACCGGAAUGUUGGCAAGGUAGGAAAAAUCAUUUAAAUUCAAAUCAUUUAAAUUAAAUGUUAUAAUAGGAUUAUACUAGAUUCUUCUCUCUUUUUUUAAAGAAAAAAAAUAAAUUAAAAACCUUUUCAUAAAUGAGGCCAGAGGUUUCUCAGCCUGUGGGACCAGCAUAUCGGUUAAUUGCCUGAAGACUGUGGGAGCAGGUCCGACUCUGUCCUUCUGAACACCGCGUUGUGUGUCUGUGUUUUCAAAAGCCAUCAGGCUCAUGUCUGUUGCGUCUGCGACCAACCAGGUGCUUUCCUGAAACGGCGCAUUACAUUGAAAGGCAACACAGAUUCUGGAUUUUAGAGCAUUUUAAUCACGAUAAUGUUGUUAAUGUGCCUUUUUAUAUAGACUGUACAUUUGAUAGCCAAUGCACAGCAUAUUAUAAUAGGCACAUCUUUCAACAUCAUUGUGUAGUUCCAAAUCUAAAGUCCAGCCUCUGUGUCGCCUCCUACAGCUUUUUUUUUUUUUUAAUUAUUGUGAAUUGUCAGUUAGGGAAACUUUUAAUAAUCUUCCCUGUGUCGUUUGUACUUCAUCAUGUCCUCUCCUCAAUUGUACCGCUGUGACUGGAUACUGUGUCUUAGGCUCGAGGCCUGCACUCUCAGUGAACAGGAAGAGCUUUUGUUUUUGUUUUAUUUUGUGGUCAUUCUAUGUUUUCAUGAAAACACUCGAUUGAUGACGAGUGAUGGAAAGCUGCACUUUUGAGGAGGGGCUACUAUUGUUGGUCCUAUCUUUGUGAUUGUUCAUCUUUUAGCUCCUGUAUCUUGUUUUAAAUGGCAGCUCCCCCUGUGGUGUAACGGUUAUAGUCUGAGCCCAGGUCUGAGACACUGUACCUGUGUUUCAACUGCAGGAGAUGACAAAACGAGUGCAAGGGCAGACUGCGAUACAGAAGAAUGUGAUGGGGUACCCAUUUUGAGUUGAGCACCUGAAAGCAAUAUAUUGUACAUCUUGCAUCUUGACAGGAAAUUAAGAUAAAAUCAGGAAUUCUUCUGCUUGUUAUACAAUGUUUGUUUCUACUCUGCUGUUUCUAUCAAGGUCUUUAGAAUUUGCUAGGUAAUCAAGAAAAAACUGAUGUAUUUGAUACGAGUCAGACGCAAAUUACAUUUGUGAACUCUAUGUAGAAGUUGGAACAAUCUAAUGACGAUGAAUGUCUUACUUUUCAGUGGUCAGGUGUGGCCAUGCCAGCGUCUCUGAUCCCCUUGAGUUCUGUCUUGUACUGUAAGGAUACCUGUCAUAAAUGUAAUGGUCGUAUGGGUUUUGCCUGACGGUAAUUAUUAAAAAGACAAAACAAAUUUGAAA